AUGGCGACGGUGCAACAUUCGCAGCUGGCACCGCUGCCGACUCGAGGAGUUCCUUUCCGGCUAGUAUCCAAAACAAUCGGUGCUGGUGCAUAUGCAUGCAUCAAGAAAGCCGCCCCGAAAGCCUCAGAGUCACCCAUUUUCGCCGUCAAAUUCAUCAACAAGGACUACGCUCAGAAAUAUGGCCGCAUCAAGCAGAAGCAGCUCCAGAUGGAGGUCACCUUGCACAAAUAUGUCGGCCAACACCAGAAUAUCAUAGAGUUCUAUGACAGCGGCGAAGAUAAUGCCUGGCUGUGGAUUGCCAUGGAACUGGCCGAGGGAGGCGAUCUGUUCGACAAAGUCGAGGCCGAUGCAGGACUGAAGGAAGAUAUCUCGCAUGCAUACUUCACUCAGCUGAUCAACGCUGUGAGCUUCAUGCACUCAAAAGGAAUCGGUCAUCGAGACCUGAAGCCUGAGAAUGUCCUACUCGACGCAGACGGGAAUCUCAAACUCGCAGACUUCGGCAUGGCAUCUCUCUUCGAAUACCACGGCAAGCGGAAGAAGGCAGUGACAUUAUGUGGCAGCCCACCCUAUGUUGCGCCAGAGGUUCUAACAUGUGGCUCGCAUGACAAGAACAAGGCCAGUGGUUAUGACGCAGACAUUGCCGAUAUCUGGUCCUGUGGUGUCGUGUUGUUUGUGCUGCUAGCUGGAAACACACCUUGGAGCAGACCCGUCGAGGGCACGGACGAGUACGGUCGACCUAACGAAUACAGCGAAUACGUCAACUCAAACGGCAGACCACCUGAUGAGUUAUGGCAGGCGUUACCUCAAGCAGCAUUGUCCCUCAUUCGCGGCAUGUUGACGGUCGAUCCCACCGAGCGUUUCUCAUUGGAGGCCAUUCGACGACAUCCUUGGUACACACAACCGAACAAGCAGAUCACCGAGAAGGGCUUGUUCACAGACCCGCUUACCACAGCCACAACCAUGUUCGAGUCAUUACGAGUCAGCUUCGAUGCAGAUCCUCUCAAGGGCAGCCAAAAGCGAGAUGCGGACGACAUGGACAUCGAUGGCCCAAGUCAAGAUCGUCUCGCCGUCCCACAGCUUUCAUCGACCCAACCGACGACACCGUCCGAAGACAUGAUCUGGGAUUGGGAAAGAUUCCAACAGCCCGACAUGUUCUCAACCCAGCCAUUGAAUGGCCGCGCCAUACCCGCGACUCAGGGCACAGCUGCGCCUGCCUUCCUCACAGAGGAACCUUCGAUGUCGCAGUUCGCACCUGUACCCAGCGUACCCCUAAGUCGCACUCAGAUGGCCCGCAAAUUCCGCGACAUCCUUCCUGCGCAGAGUCUCACCAACUUCUACUCUUCCUGGUCGAUCCAACUUCUGGUGCCACUGAUCCUAGAAGCACUGAGCCGUCUAGGCAUACCUACACCUCAUAUACCUCGGCCGUCCUCGAGCGACUACGAGACGAUCGUCAAAGUCUCCGCAUUGGACACCCGGGGCUGCAAGAUCGCUGGUCACAUCGCAGUCAAGGUCGUUGCAGUAGUCGAUGGGAAUGUGGUGGAGGCGUCGUUCGUUAAAGGAUCAGGUGAUCCGUUGGAGUGGCGGAGACUGUUCAAGAAGGUGGUCGUGUUGUGUCGGGAUGCGGUCUAUCGGCCAGAGGAGUAA